UUUUGUUAUGCUUCUCUAGCAGCAGCAUCAGUCUCUCAUCAGUAUCACUUUGUUAAUGAGAAUAAGACCUGGACUGAAGCACAGAGAUACUGCCGAGAGAAUUACACUGACCUGGCGACCAUUGAUAACAUGGAGGAAAUGAACACACUCCUUAACACAGUAAAUGGCAGCUACACCGGUUUAGCCUGGAUUGGAUUGUAUGAUGAUCCGGACAGCUGGAAAUGGUCUCUUGAUGAUGAUGCUUUCUAUAAGGAGGGUGAGAGAGAGUUCAGAGGAUGGUACCAUGAACCCAAUAAUUACAAUGGAAAAGAAUUGUGUGUUUCCAUGCAAUACACAGGGGAAUGGUUUGAUCAGCAGUGUACUCAGAGACUGAGAUUUGUUUGCUAUAAUGGUACAGGCAACACAUAUGUAUGGAUUUCUGAAGGAAUGACUUGGGAUGAAGCGCAAAGUUUCUGCAGAGCAAAACACACAGACCUAACCAGUGUGAGGAAUGAGACUGAGCUUCAGCAGAUAUUGCAAAUCACACAGGGCUUUGAUGUAUGGAUAGGUCUUUAUAGGAACCGAUUAUGGUCAGAUCAGAGCAGCUCAACUUUUUCAUAUUGGAGACCAGCGAUUCAACCGCAUAUAAUAGCAGAACCUGAUAAUGGAUUGUAUUCAUUUGGACAAUAUGGAGAACAACACUGCACUGCUAUGGAUUCUACUGGCAAAUGGACUGAUGAAAACUGCUUAGCCAGUUUCCCUUUCUUUUGCUACAGUAGUGAGUUCAUCUCUUUUCAGUGAAAUAAGAAGAAUUUUAAAUAUUUCUUAUUUUAUGUAAGAAUAUACUGUAUAUAAUAGUCUUCUGACUGUUCUAAUUUUACCAUAGCAAUGUUUGAACUGAAGAGACUUCCACAUGUUCU